AUGAAUUACAGUCCUGAUAAGCAAGACAGAGAGAACGGACAACGACCCCCCGCCCCAAGUCCUUUAACAGAUGCGGGUAGUAGUCCUGGAGAUGCUGGAGACACUUCGUUUGAAAGUGCUGCUGGGACUGGGAUCACAGAUAGCGAACUGUACUAUGAAGACGAUGAUGUCAAUGUUGAUCCUAUCCAAGUAGAAGAGAUUACUCAAGAGGACAAUGACAAUUCUGCCACCAAUGAUACGGAUGUUGAUAUAUCGACACAUACCACUAUUUUGAAUCUGAGUUCGUUGGACGUACCUGCUUCCGAGGAGAAGUCCGAUGUAUCCGAAGAAGUCGAGGAGCAUCCAAAGGAAAUUGAAUUGGAGGAAGAGAAUAAGCCUACGUUGCCGGAUAAGACCCAUAUUAAAAGGUGGAUAAACGUUCUAGUGGAUGGUGAAGUGCUUGAUGUUUCCCUGGAAAUUGAAAGUUCUACUAACCAACAGAAUAUCACCCAGUUGAAGUUUAUUAACAAAUCAUAUGACCGGUCCUCCAACAAUUUCUUAUUACAAUCGAAAUUCAAUCAAUUGCGGCAAACGUUUGAAGCUAAGGAUACAAAUGCUAAAGAUCUGAUUGAACAUGGAACGGAGAACAUCAAGCGAUCAUUCAAUGAUGUUAAGAACUCCAUCUCCGGGUUUGCUAAUGGACCCACUGAAGGCUCAUAUACAGAAGCACCCACAAGCGAGAUUGACUGGGAUUUCUGGACAAGAACUGUUAGUAACUAUGGCCUGGUGAUCGAAGAUGAGUCUGACGAAUUGAGCAAUGCUAUUAGUAACGGGAUACCAAAGGAGUUUAGAGGUAUAAUUUGGCAAUUGGUUGCAAGAUCUAAGAAUAAGGAGAUGGAAGAUUUCUAUGUCCAAUUGAAAAAGGAACACAGUGUCCAUGAGAAGUCAAUUAAGCGAGAUUUGGCCAGAACAAGUUUCUUCACUAAUAUCGAGAAAUCAAAACAGGCAGAUGAAUUGUUUGAACUUAUUAAAUGCUACUCCAUAUUUGACUCCGAAGUGGGUUACACCCAAGGGAUGAUUUUCAUUGGAGUCCCAUUAAUCAUGAAUAUGUCUGGACCGGAAGCUUUUUGUCUUUUGGUAGCAUUAAUGAAAGACUAUGGUUUCAGAGAAUUGUUUGUGAAAGAUAUGAAGGGAUUACAUUUAUUGUUGUAUGAAUUUGAUCGCUUGUUGGAACUGUACUCGCCGUUAUUAUACAAUCACUUAAGCAAACAAGGUAUUAAAUCAUCCAUGUACGCAACACAAUGGUUCCUUACAUUGUUUGCCUACAAAUUCCCAUUGUCGAUGGUUUUAAGAAUAUAUGAUAUGGUGAUCACCGAAGGUCUUGAAUGCAUCUUGAAAUUUGCCGUGAACUUGAUGAUAAAGAACGAAAAUAGUUUGUUACGAUUAUCCUUUGAUGAAUUGGUUGAUUUCUUGACAGAGAAAUUGUUCAAUAUUUAUGUUAAUGAAGAAUACAUCGAAGAAAGAAGUCUGGAAGUUUCACCUUCUCAAGAGGGAAGGCGGCCUUCAUUCUUUGGUGGAGUACUUGGUGGUACAAAUUCAUCUAAAAUUCCAGUAAGAAGAAAUAAUUCUAUUGAUUCAAUCUCAGGAUCAAAUUAUUACAACUUGAAUGAGCUAGUGAAGGAUUCAAAUACGAUUAACAUUAGUCCCUUUGAAUUGAAGAAGUUUGAAUUUGAAUUUGAAAAGCUAUUGAAGAUAGAGAAACAAAAAGUUCAAAAAAUAAAUCAACUACAAGCUGAAAACGGGCAAUUAAGAAACGAAAUUAAGGAACUAGAAAUGAAAUAUUCAGAUAUCACCAAAGAACAUGCGAACAAUGUUCAAAAUAUGGUUUAUAUCAAAGUUAAUCUUCAAGAAUGCAGUAAUGACAUUCAAGAUUUAGAAGAUGCAAUUGCCAAAUUGAAACAAAAUAUUUCCGAUUACGAAACAAGCUCAACAGAUGUUAACAGUUCUCUGCCUUCAAGAGAUUCUGUCACCGAUGAUGAACGUACUAGAAGCGGGUCUGUGUCACUUGUUUCUAAAAAUGCUCGGAUUGAGGAUGAUAUCACUGAUUUAUUGGCAAUUAAUGCCCAAGAAAUGGAGAAGAAUGCAACUCUUGAAGAAAGGUUGAGAGCAUUGAUAUUAGAGGAAAAAGAUUUGAAGUCUACUCUUAAUAAGCAUAAGAAAAAUACUUGGUUUAAAUGGUGA